AUGCAAUUGACAACAACCAACGCAUCAAUUCUGGAAAUCAACGCGUCUUGUGGAGAAAAAAAUCAAUUUCGUCAAUGGUUGCGAGCACAUGACAAGCAUAUGAAUUUGCUUGAAAUGUCGAUGAAACAAAGGAUGAAGGAUGUCGAAGUUGUGACCUUACAUCAAAUUUUGUUCAAUCGAGACGAGCUCAAUAAGGAAAAAUAUUAUUGUUUCAAAGGAUACGUGGAUAAGGUCGUGAAUAAAUCAUCUUUGUGGUAUGAAUCGUGUAAAAGUUGUGCCACUGCAAUAGCGAAGACCGACGACGGCAUGUCAUGCAAAAAAUGCAAUAACAAAGUCGUGGAACCAACUCCAAGAUAUAGGUUGGUCUUAAACGUCGUGGGAGAUACCCACAAUGCGACAAUAACUUUAUUUGAGGAAGCUGCAAUGGUGUAUGUUGGAUGUCUAAUUAAUGAUUACAUCAGAUCAAUUGAGCAGGGGGAAGAAUUAUUUGGAUAUUACAAAGGGUUGAGCUUACAGUCAACAUUUGAGUUUCAAUUCCUCAUUCCAGUCGAUGAUAAGUCGAUCAACUCAAGAGGAGAAAUCAAUGCGGUGGCAGAGGCAAUUGCAAGGACGGAAACUACACAUGAUGAGGAUAUGAAUGAUAACCAAGCAAUUUCUCUACAAGUACCUAUUGAUCUGCAUGUGGAUGAAGCCAAUUCGUAA